CCACGCUCCAAACUUUCAACCCCCCACCCCACCCGUAGCCUAAAACAACGAAGAGGACAUCGACCUUGCAAUUUACGUUUGGAGCAGGUUAUUUCGUGGAAGAUGCAUGAGAAAUCGACGGGUGUGAAAGGACACAAGUCUUGAGCCGGCAGGUCACCCACUGCCAGACUAAAGAAUCACAACGACAUCAAACCACAAUCAAAUGGGGUACACAACCCCUGUCAAUGUGUUAGUUGCCGAUUGUGGUCUGAAACACCCUUAUGACGCAGACCGUUGCUUAGGUGACGCAGGUCUUCUUUAAGCCUUCAGGCUUGUAGAAGCUACAUGCCCCAUGGCUUGUUUUGCUCACAGAUGUUCUUAGGCCUUGUCAGGCCUCACAUCUUAACUACUCCAUUGCACCCUACCCGGCACCGGUCCAUAGCCUUCCAUACCCUUCAGGAAGGACACCAAGAAGCGGAACUCCAAGUCCUCUCGCACCUCCUCCAAGCAGACGCCGCCGCCCACAGAGCCUGAGCCGCCCAAGGGCUCCAAGGACUCCAUGGGCUCUGAGGCCACGCUGGCGCCGGUGCCUCACUGGGUGGACAGUGAAGAGUCUGCCUGGCAGCCCCUGCCACAGAAGCUGCAUGCCUCCAUCGCCAGCACGGAUACGAAGAAGAUCACCUGUGCUCAUGUGUACCUGCAGACCCUUGAAGCUGGUCAAGUGCUUGAAGUCCCCGGCUGUGGGCCGGACUUCUUUGCGCUGUUCCUCUUCAAGCAGCUCUCACCCCGACGACCGGAUCUACUGCGUCAGCUGCUCAUGCGCGAGCCGGCGCUGCUGUGCUCGGGCGAUCCCUUCGAAGCCUUCUUCACCCGAAUGCGCCGCGAGCUCGGAGACUUGGUGGCCAGAGAGGUCGUCUUGAAGGAACUGCAGACGGUGGUGCCUCCGGGGCACUUUCCCAGUAGCAAGCACCUGAUUUGGCCCAAGCUGUGUCAGCAAGGCACCGAGGCACAGAUCUUCAGCUGGAUCUAUGACCGGAAGGUCGAAGUCUUAGCCGCGGAGACCAACGCCCAGGCAGCUCCCAGCAUCUUAUCGCGCCUGGGAGGCGCCAGCUUCGAGAUUUCAGCACCGGAGCUCCAGGAGCGAUGCAAGAUGUUGAGGAAGCUCUUGCCCAAGCAGCUGGCGGAGGUGUUGCUAAGACUUCCCGAACUUUUGCGCUUUGAUCCUCUCAGCCUUUCUGGCAGCUUUGAGACGAUCCAGAUGCACUUGGGAUCCGAUGAGGCCUUGAAAUCCUGUUCAGAACAUUUGCGACUGCUAACUCUCCACCCUGAGCUGGUGCACUUCUUCGAGGUUCUCAACGCGAAGUUCACGGAUGAAGAGCUUCGAACGCUCCACCGCAUCGCAGGCGAAUGGAUCCAGUGGCCCCGCUUGGUGGGGCAGCCCGACGAGGAGAUCCAAACCUGGCAAGGCCGUGUCUUCGCGCAGUGCCGCGAGGGCCGCGCCAAGGAGCGCGUGAACGCCUUCGGCGCUGAUCCCUAUGGCGCCGCCGCGCUGGCGCAGACCACAGGUCAAAUUCCGGAGAUUCCUCCACUUUUGGAUUGACCCGACGCAGGCCAGUUUUGCGGCGAUGGUGCUCAGCUGUCGCCUGAUGGGCCUCAGCUUAGGCUAGUGAGUGUCUCACCUUGGCUUCCGGUUCCCCCAAAGGGGGACCACAGCUGGACGCGCUUUUUGAGAAAGCUGGACCCAGCGGGAAGCUCAAAACAA